AUGACUUUCUCUGUAGCUUUCGCAUACUUACAGUAUGAGAGGGUUGAUAACUAUGUGUGGGUGUUAGCUACAUUGCGUGAUGUCAAGGAUGGUUUUGUUGUGCCAACAAUUAUUGUUACUAACAGAGAGCUAGCCUUGAUGAAUGCCAUACAGAAGAUAUUCCUGAGUGGCAGACAUUUAUUAUGUCGUUGGCAUAUCAGUAAGAAUGUAUUGAUCAAAUGCAAGAAAAUGUUUGAGACACGGCAGAAAUGGGAGAAGUUCAACCAUGAGUGGAACUCUUUAGUGUAUUCAUCUUCUGAAAUUCAAUACGAUGAGCGUCUUAAAUCAUUACUUAAGGAAUUCAGUAGUUAUCCUGAUGCAAUCAAAUACGUCAUGGAUACUUGGUUGGUUCCUUACAAGGAGAAAUUUGUGGCGGCAUGGACAGACACGUGUACACAUUGUGGCAAUGUUACAACGAACCGGGAGCUACGGGGUAAUGUGUCUAUCUCUGCAUUGGAGUAUUUGCUUGUACAGAGUAAGAGAGCCAAUUUCAUUCCUAUUGAUGUUGAAGCUUGUAGAUGCGUCUUUCGCCACACUCAUGGUUUACCUUGUGCCCAUGAGAUUGCUGACUACAUCAGACAAGAUCGUCCUAUACCACUUGCUACCAUACACUCACAGUGGAGGCAACUUCAUAUCUCCAUGUGCAAGGAAGAAGUGGAAACGGAGGUGAGUUGUCAUGGAGAAGUAGAGUUGUUUGUGAACAAGUUUGCUGAAAGUGAUAGAACCAUGCGGUUGGAGCUUUUGAAGAAGUUGAAAGAGAUUGUAUAUCCGGGAAACACUUUUCUUGUUGAGCUGAAGGUGAAGCCCAAAAUACGUCCUCGGGAUCAUAAGAAGAUCAAUGUUUCUACCCGUCGUGACCCGUGUGCAUUUGAGUUGGUGCAAUCUGGACAUGAUUCCUUCUCACCUAGGGACACUCAAAUCACUACAUUAGCUUCUACUCUGGAAACCAAGAAGAAGCGACCUGUUAAGGGAAAGGAAAAGGUGAAUGCGAAAGGGAAGGUAUACAUUACUAGAACAGUGAAACCUGGUGCAUAUGUUGAUGCUUUCCCUUCUGGGUUGAAACCAUACAUUAAGUUUGUCAAGGAUGUAGCUGCAGAUGGGAAUUGUGGUUUCAGGGCUAUAGCUGCUUCAAUUGGUCAUACAGAAGAUGAUUGGGCUCAGGUUAGGCGUGAUCUGUUGGGUAAGCUGCACACACACAAAGAUGAAUACAUUACACUUUAUGGGUUCUAUGAAAAGUUUGAAGAAUUGACAAGCAUAUUGUCAUACUUUGAAGACAGUCCUGGAUACUUACAUUGGAUGACUAUGCCAAAUAUGGGGCAUCUUGUUGCAUCAUGCUACAAUCUUGUGUUAUACCACUUGUCAUUACAGCAAUGUCUCACAUUUUUACCUCUUAGAACAGUGCCAGUACCUCAACUUGAUAGACGUGAGAUUGCCAUUGGGUUUGUCAACGGAAAUCAUUUCAUCCAAGUUUUGUUGCAGCCAGGCCAUCCAGUUCCUCCUAUAGCCACUAGUUGGCGAAAAUACCGUCACCCUUGCGCUGUCAACUGGGAUGAUGCAUAUGUGCGUCGCAUUCAACAUUUCAAGGGCAUUAUUCAUGAUAAUGUAGCUACUCGAGAGACAUUUGAUGUUGUUGAUGUCGCAUGA